UAUAAAUUAGCGAGCGGUAUGUACGUUCCCGAUUAAGCUGUUUCAGCUGUAAGCACUGCUCAAAGGGGUGAAUUGCGGAUAGUGGAUGAUCGAAGAAAACAUUGUGUCUUUUGGUUGAUUCACUGAAUGGGGAUUUUAAGGCAGACUAAAUAUCUUCUUCGCAAAAAUUAUUUAAUCAAACGACGAAAUUUACGAGAAACAUUACAAGAAGUGCUUGUUCCAAUAUGGUGGGUAGUCCUUCUCUUGGUUAUUGGAUUAUCCAUUCCAAAGCAAAAACUAGCUCCUGUCAGAGACAGCGACAUUCCAACUUUUAACGUUUCAGCCCUCGCUCCAUCGAGUUCAGGGCGGGAAGGUUUUAUCGUUGGAUAUGUGGUCAAUGACAUUCAAAACGCGAGCCGGGUUAUCGAAAAUAUGAACAACUUCUCGGGGAAGGUGAGUUAUUUGGAGUUCAACAAUACAGACAGCAUGUUGGAUUAUUACAGAAGGUACAGCGAAAGCACGGGCUUUGAGAUGGGAAUUGAAUUUGCUAAAGGCAAGAGCGACAAGAUGGCUUAUACCUUGCACGUUGGUACGAAGUCAGCCUCCAUUCCCAACCCCGAGGAACGACUCACUGGUAAGUGUUUAUAUUUCUGUCUGUGGCUUCACUCCAUGGAAAGGCCGGUUUUUUGCUCGAAGCAAUUCCCAUUAAUGAUUAUUUUUGUUAUGUAUUUGCAAGUCAGAAAAGAGGACAUAAUAACAAAGCCCUACCGCCAUACCUAUCACCAGCCAACUGCGCCCAGCCCCGCCCCCACCCACCCAGGCUAACCCCUGUGCAUUAGGCAGUUGUGUAGGAGCUGCUUGUAAGGUCUCUCCUGAUUAGUCGCCGAAAACAGUCACAUUAGGGGCCGACCAUUUGACUUUUGAGUGGGGAAUGUGGGUGAUUUCAGUAAAAAAUAUCCUGCAGGGUGAUUUCGAGGGAAAAAAAUUUGGUCAGUGUAAAAAACAGGCUGUAGACCAUGCAAAUGAGUACAUGACAACAAUAGUCCUGUUGUUUUCUAACCCUAAAAACAAAUAGUCCGUAGUCAGUCUAAAGUCUGCACUUUAUGCUGCCCCCUGGAGGAAAAAUCUCUUUCGAGGCUUAUAAUCGAGGGGGAAAAAAAUAUUACAACAUUGUAUGUUGGGGAAAAAGAAUUGUAUCACCAGAGAUGUGGAGAAAAAAAAUUCUCACCCAAACCAAAUCAAAACCAAAAACCCAAACCAAAAGUGUCAAGGUUGUGCUCUACGAAAAAAGAAAUUCAAGGGAACCAGGUGCUCUGAACCUGGGAAAUCCAGGCUACCUAGCAUAGGAUUUCUAUGAAAAAGCUAAGAUUUCCUAGUUGCCCAAUAGCAAAAGUAAGCAGCUAGGGGCCACUGGACAGUGCCAGAACACAGCCCUGAAUAAAGGUGGAUCUUUUCUCAAACAGCGUAGAGAAAUGAAUGACUUCUGUCUUUGUUCUGAUCUUUUUUUGUAGGUCAGGGUCAAUGUCGUGAUACAAACAGCGCAAGUUUGCGUUCCUGUGCUGCUAACUCGUACUUUUUUGCACAUGUGACAGCCAUACAAGCAAGCAUUGAUGCUGCAAUUACUAUGGUAAGUAAUUAUCCACAAGCUGUUAGAGGCCAUCUACAAUCCCAGCAGAGGACGGGCAACCUCCCAUGGAAAAGUGACAGGGAUGCUCAUCAUCUCGCUUAGGGCUGUAACUGCAGAUUUUGUUCUCACUUAGGGUGUUUGGGAGAGAAAGUCAGUAUAUUUGCCGAUUCAGGUAUCUCUUCGGGCUGUGCAUAAAGGAAUUUACAAAGCUUGCUGUGAUGUCUGCUUUAGUAUGGUCUCCUAUAGGGGUCAGUUUAAGUUUGAGCCACACCCACAUUGGUCUCCCUUAGGAGUUUAAGUUUAAGUUCAAUUUUUACCAAUGUACAAAAAUAUAAAAAUAUAUAUACAUAUAAUUAAAAGUACAAUAGGUAAAGGAAAGCAAUAGGGGGAAACUGAAUUCCCAUAUAAAAACUGCCCUCCAAAACGAAAAGAUAAAACAAUUAAGAAUAGAAAACUAAUACAUAACUAUACAUCACGUGAUACUAAGAGAAAAAACAACAACAACGACAACAACAAGGAGUUUAAUCUUUAUUUUCUGAUGAGCAUCCCUUUCACUUUUAUAUGGGAGCAACCCCAACCCCCCCCCCCCCCUCGGGUGUAUAAUCCUACACCACUUCACUGUGUUCCUUGAAGUUUGAUUUGUAAAGGCAGAGAAGAGUGAAAGUGACGAAGUGUCCCGACUAUUUUGUCUGGGGCUGUAGGUUCAAUAGAUAAUAUAAUUUUAUAUUUAUUGUUAAGGCAUUGCUAGGGGAGGAUUGUGGGGGGUGACUGUGUUGCUUGUCCGUGUACUACCUGUGUCCUCAAAGGUUUGACCGUGUUUUGGAAAGAAUUAAUGCACUUGAACUGUUACCCAUUUCAAUUUUAAUACAGUGUUUCACAAAAUUUUUCUAUUUUGGGAAGCAACUUCUGUCUGCUUGAAUAAUUCAAAUGGCUUAAGCUUCAUGCAUUUUAAGUAAUACAUCCCAUUCUUGGAAACAUCCCUUAAAUCUCUUAAUGAAUAGCCUGUUUAAGAUCAGGAAACCUGAAAUCAUGACCACAUUGGGAGAGACCCAACCCCCUCUCCCCUGGGGUCUAGUGUUUUGGCUAAGUUUUGUUUACAUCAUCAUCAUCAUCAUUAUCAUCAUCACUUUUAUUUAUACACGGGUAAACAUCAGGCUAAGAUAUAAAUUUAACUAAAAUACAAAAAUAUGUUUUUAUAACUUUCUGUCAAGGGUAGCAGUAGUCUCUUACAAAAUAAUAAUAUAGUGUUUGAAUUUUUUUUGUUUGAAGGUUGAAGCCAGUUUGCCAUCCUAUGUCGUUCCAAACAUCCAAGCAAAAAUGAUGCCCAAAGAAUCCUUCACUCAAUCUUUUACAGGUUUUGCAAUAACAGCAUCAAUUUACAUGGUGCUGGCCUUCACACCAUAUAUAGUUAUCCUGUUAAUUAAUCUGGUUCUGGAAAAGGAGAAGAAGCUCAAAGACUUGAUGAGAAUCAUGGGCAUGUCAGAUAUUGCUUACUGGUUAUCUUGGUGCAUUACUUAUGGAGUAGUUCUGCUUGUUGCCUCUCUCAUCUUGAAUGCCAUCUUGGUGCCAGCCGGACGCUUGGGUGGAAGCAAUUAUGCUCUAAUGGUCAUAUUAUUCUUCUUGUAUGGUUUGUCAAUCAUUAUGCUGGCCUUUUUGCUGUCACCGUUUUUCAAGGUUGCCAAGACUGCAGGUGUAGUGGUGUCGAUAAUGAGUCCUGCGCUGGGUUGCAUUGCUAUUCCACUCAUCACUGCUGAUGUCGCGGACCCGGCAAAAUGGGGAGUGUCUCUCUUCUCACCAACUGCUUUUGCUCUCCUUGUCUCUCAGGUCAGUUAAAUUUGUUUGGCUCUAACCGUUGGUUGCUCAACAAACAGUCAGCAAUGUUGCAGCUCUCUGAAUAGCAGAAAACAAAUUCAGCAUUUUAAAAGGAUUGUUUGUUGUUCACAAAGCUGAAACUUGUUGAAUGGAAUAAAAUCCAUGAUCUCUAUUCUCAUUCAAUGACAAUUAAAAAAUAAUGUUGAACAUGUUGAGUGUCCUUUUUCAAAUUAUGUGCAAGACAUAGUAUGAUUUUAUAAUAAUAUUAAUUUGUAUUAUUAUUUAAUUAUAUAUUAUUUAAUUGACUCCAACAAGAUCACACACAAUUCAGCAACUAUACAAAUUAGUAGAAAAAAGCGUGGCUGGGAUAUCACAACAGCCAUGGCUUAUUAUGAUAAUAGUAGACUCAUGAUACAUUGUUUAACUGUAGCUGAAUUUUAUAGAGUAUAUAUGCAAUGUGUUUUUUAAUCAACAAAUGAACAGUGAAUGCCAAUCCAUGUAAGCCAGAUUUAUUAUUUGAAAUAUCACUUUUAUGAUUUUCCCAGACAUAAAAAUCAAGAAUAUGUUAUCACUUAUUUAAGGAAUAAACCACACUUUAGAUGGGUUUAUCGGCGUGAUAACCCAUGCGGGAUGUUGGGUGAACACAAGAAAAGCUUGUACAUCACAAGCUGAAGGCGAGUGAUUUACAAGCUUUUUGAGUGUUUUCCCAACAUCCUAAGUGGGUUAUCACGCCAGUAAACCCAUAGAAAGUGUGGUCUAUUGCUAUUAUAAAAUAACUUUAAGUUUUCUAUGAGUUUACUGGCACAAUAAACCAUAUAGAUUUUUAACCAAUCGGAAUGCACAUACUAUCUUGGUUCUUUUAUAAAAAUUGAUAUCCAUGCUAAGUAUCAAAGUCAAUUGGCUAUUCCUGAAUACCUCAAGCCUCUGUUUCAAAGUGAGGCUAAGUGCGAAGCUGUUGAUAUCGAAAUAAAUUUUCAUUAUUAGGGAAAGUUCAUUUAAUAUGACAAGGGGGGGGGGGAUGAAGAUAUUGAAACUCGAAGCUUGAAAUUUUAGCAGCCCCCCUCGCUAGCGGUUCAAUUUUUUAGGAGCCCCCUCCUUGGUAGUCGAAAAAAUUUCAGAGCCCCCCCCCCUCCUCCUUCAAUUCCUUUGCUCCCCUGAAAAAAGAUCGCUAGACUGUUUAAAUAUAUUUACCGUUAUUGUCUUCAAUGGUUUAUACUAUGACAAACUUGAGAUACACAAUUUUCUAAAGCAUUUUUGGGAUGAACAAGAGUGUAAUAAUUACUGAGACUACAUUUGUUAUAUCUGUAAACCACGUGAUAUAGCUGAGUUGCACAGGUCAUUAAAUUGUUGAGUUGAAAACCAUCCGAUCUGUAUGAUGAUGUCAUGUGUUGGUUUUGAAUUAUACAAAUUUUCGGAGCCCCCCCUCCUAGCGCAACAAUUUUUUUUUCAGAGCCCCCCCUUCGGGUGUCUAAAAAUUUUCGGAGCCCCCCCUCAAUAUCUUCAUCCCCCCCCCUUGUCAUAUUAAAUGAACUUUCCCUUAUGCAAAUAAAACUCAUUUUCAGGUCUUGCAUUUAGCCUUGUUUUGAAAAUGAAAGUUUCAAAAUGGAAAACAGAAAUGGCCUAUAAUAUUUGAGGUAUCCAAUAUCCCAUGACUGUUUUGUAUGCUCAGGUUAUAAUACUAGCCAUCGAUGGCACAUAUUAUUUUUGGAUAUUGUUCCUUGAAUCGUAGGUUCAAUGUGCAGUGGUUUAAAGUUUAUCAAUGCAAUAAUAGUUAACUUUUAAAUAAUUUUUUAUGGUUAACCAUUAACCCUUACUUUAAGUAGAAAGUUAGUAUAAUUUUUAAUUACCAGGAGCUCUGCUUUAUAUGUUGUAAUAUUAUUAUAUUUUUAGGCUGUUGAUGAUGAAGGUCUACAAUUUGACAACUUGACCACCAAAGGAAGUUUUCCACCUAUUAACUACGUGGUUAUGUUGAUAGUAGACAUCAUCCUUUACUUUUUGCUGGCACUCUAUCUUGACAACGUGAUUCCUACUCAGUAUGGGCAGCGGAGAUCACCAUACUUUAUCUUUAUGCCUUCAUUCUGGAAAAGCCUGUUUAAUGGCAAGAAAAAGGAAGGACUUAACAGAGAGAUGUCAGCAAGAGAGCAAGAGACUUCUGAAGAUAUUGAGACUGUACAUGCUGAUAUGCAUGGAAAUGAAGCAAUAAGGUACACUAGCUGGUCAAUUAUUUUUUUAACAACACUAAAAUUGAAGGCCUCUGUGCAAAAUGGCUCCUAGAUAUUUCCCUAAUUUUCCAAUGCAUGCAGAACUGUGACUUUUUGGGGGGGGGUAAGAAACACAUAUGCAUAGUGUUAAAAAUUUUCCCAAUCAUUUCCACUUUAUUACUAGGCUGAAAUCACAUAUGCAAAAAACAUUUAACCUUCCUGGUGGUUUCCUUUGUUGCCUUAUAAUGUCUUCCAUGGAAUUGAGAAGGUGGUGAAUGAUAAAGAAACUAACUGGCACGGGGUGAUCAUGCUCUCUUGAAACCCCCUGUGCGAUUAAUAGUUGUAAUCUAAGGAAAAAAAUUAUAAUUUGAUGCUCAGGUCAAUGUCUGAGAUUAAACUCCUAUAGGUAAAGGUAAACACCUCAAGUAACACAUUUUUAAAGAUCAUACUAAUAAUUAUUGUGUUUCAUUAUAUUUUCUAGUAUUCAUCGGUUGAGGAAAGUCUUCCACGGAAAAGAAGAAAUAGUUGCUGUUGAUGGUAAUCAUGCAAUAAAGAAAUAUUUUGCUCAUGAUGAACAAUGUUAAUCAUGUUAUUUCUGGCAUAAAUUAAUUUACCACUGAUAAGAUACAUAUUUAUUCAAGUUUUUUGUAAAUUUGUAUGCUUUUAUAUAUAUAAAUAUGUGCAUUUGAACAUUUUAUGGAAUAUUUUGCACAUUAUAAAUAUUUUAUUAUCAUUAUUAUUAUUAUUAUUAUUAUUAUUAUUAUUAUUAUCAAUUAUUAAUCGAUUUCACUCAUGAUGGUAUGACAUUUAUAAUAAUUGUUGUUAAUUGCAUUGAUAACUUCUCUGUGUAAAACAGAGUGUAGCAUCUAAGUGAACUUCAUUUUACUGGUUUUUGCUGGUUCCAACAGGAGUAAGCAUAGAUAUCUAUGCGGGACAGGUCACGGCACUUUUGGGUCAUAAUGGAGCAGGCAAAUCAACCUUGAUCGCUCUGAUCACAGGCGUGGCUCCUGCGUCUGGUGGCUAUGCUACUGUUUAUGGAUUGGAUAUCACUGACCCAAAUCAGAUGCAGGAAAUAAGAAAGUUAAUUGGUAACUAUUUAGAUAUUAGGGAACUUAAGAACCAUGACGACGACUUUGUCGACGAUGACCGGAAGUGAGAUACCAUGCACUGCGCAAGCGCGGUUUACAAAUUUCGUCGUCAUGGUGUCGUCGACGACGCCAAACACAGUAGAGUCACGUCGUCCUGCAGUCCACAAGCUUCGGCAGGUAUAACUCCCUGUUUUUAAGCGAUUUUUCAAGGGCUUUGUAUUUUUUCCACCUCGUAAAUCCAGGUAUCCUUUCUUUUUUCUGCUAACAAGCGAUGUUGAUUGAAAAUUUGACUGAUGAAUUGUGUUUACUUCGAAGACAACACUGAGCUGUGCAGGCCGAGUGAGCGAACUCGUAAGUGACGAAAUUUAUUUGUACCUAUUUAGGUCAGGUAAAUAAUAUGUCUUUAAGAUAGAGGAAAUGAACUUUAUAUGAAAAACAGCUAUCGCAUCGGAAUGUCUCUUUUUCCAAAUCUAAACUCUGACAGACACUCGGACUCGGUCAUGUCAUUCAGGUUGAAAGUUGAAUAACCUUCGUACGGAAAGCAGAGAUUUUUCCAUUCGAAAAGGUCAGACAACACUAAAAAUUCUUCAUCGUCAAUGAAAGUAGACGUACGGCUUAUAAAAUAAGAUCUUGCAUCGUCUUAAAAGACGGUUUUGCGAAAAAACUUUGUUGCGAAUGAACAUCACAGUUGUACUACUUCUACGUGUUAUUUUACAUUCAGUGUCGUCAUCGUCGACCUACCCGAUCGACUGCAUCUUAAGUUUCCUUUUUCCCGCCGAAACUGACGUUCUUGUUCCAGUCCUUUCUCAGUCAACAGACGUCGUCGUCGUGAACUUCGUCGUGGUUCUUAAGUUCCCUAUUUUCCUUGGAUUUACUUGCCAUUAAUAAACCAUCAUAAUAAUUUUAUCGAAAAAUAUCGUUCUGUAAACCUUACAGUAAACAUCUAUACUGUUAUCAUGUUAUAAGAAGUCUUGCUGGUCCAUUAUUCAGCGUUUGCCAUAGACUGAUCGAGGUACUUGGUAAACUCUUAUUUUGGUCGAGGUCUAUGAUUUGUGUCUCAACGACUCAGUCCCAUUUCGUGGUAUGUACUUUUGCAGUUGUAGGUGUCAUUGUCUUCAAGAUAUGGUCUGUUCUUAAGCUUAUUCCAAUUUUUUCACCCCUCUUGUUAAAACAUUAGAAUAAAUAUUAAAAUUUAUCUAGUUUGCUCUAUGCUGUUUUUGUAGGUGUUUGCCCCCAAGACAAUGUUCUGUUUGACUUCUUGACUGUAAAGGAACAUCUAGAAUUCUACUGUGGACUGAAAGGAAUUGAAGGAGAAGAGGCAGACACAAGAGUAAAUACUUUUAUUUUUUUCUCUCUGUUAACCCUUUAAGUCCCAAUAGUGACCAAGAUCAAUUUUCUCCUAACAAUAUCCAUACACUAUCAAGAGAUAAGUUAUGAGAAUUAAUAAAAUGAUCACCUGAGAGAAAAUGCCCUGAUCUAUCAUCAAAUUCUCUCAACUAAUUCCUUAAGGAAAUGUAUGGAGAUCAGUUUGGAGAAUUUGUAUGUGGAUACUGGGGCUUAAGGGUUAACACUAAGCAGUCAUAGUGAUCAAGAAAUUUUGUAGUGGGACACUUAGUGCUGUAGCACUUUCACUUAUUGUACACGGUUUCAAGAAAAAUAUUUCUUUCCAUUUUUUUGAAGACCCUAGCUAUAGUACAUUCAUUUUAGCAUAGAGGCUGAAGGGGGGCUAGCUAUUAACUGAGAACAAACAAGUUUAAUAGAACACAAACAACAUUAGGAAUCCCGUCUGCCAGCAGGUUGCAAACCAGUUUGGCUAUUUGAUUGCAUGAAAAAGCAGCGGUUCUACCUUGAACAGUAAUUAAAUCCAGCUGGUAGUGGAAAAGCAGGACUUGAACUCGGGGCCUCCACAUAACAAGUUUUGUGCUGGGAAUAUUAAUGAUUGGUUAUGGUGCUUCCCACUUUGUCUGUUUUUAAAAAUUUACAAGUUUAGCUCAACCUGUUGAGCUGGAGUGAGCGUUUUGCCUUACAAUGUUGUUUUGUGUAGGAAAUAUGAUUUUUAAUAGUUUUGAUACUUCUUUUUUCAAGGUUACUCAGUUGUUGAAGGACAUAGACCUCACUGAGCAGAAGGACACUUUAUCAAUGAAUUUAAGUGGAGGACAGAAAAGAAAGCUUUGUGUUGGUGUGGCACUUGUAGGAAAUCCAAAGGUGCUUAUGAUCUGUGCGAGGCAUAAGUCCAAGUCUGCAGAAUGUUCACAUGGUCACAUAUCAUACGCUGCAAAAAAAUUUAUUUGUAUAGAUUUGGAGCAGAAUACCUACUGUUUUUUUUUAAUUCAACACAACUUUAGAAAGUUUCAGGGGUUCUGCGUGUUGUUUCUAAAAAAUUAGCAUUUUUUUUUGUCCAGAAUAUGCAACUAUUAUUCUUUAUUAAAAGAUUUCUUGUGGAUUAUGCAAUGUGCAGAUGUGUUAUAAGAGAUCAAUAUUAAUAUUGUGUGAAAUCUCACCAUCACAUAAUAUCAGAGACCCCAAUGCUGAGAAGGACAGCAAACUUGAAAAAGAAUGUUUGAAUGCCAUCUGGCAAAUAAAUGUUUCUAAGAUAGUUGUGUCACUUCACAAUAUUCUUUUGUUGUUGUUUAAUGAAAAAGGUUGUGAUAUUGGAUGAACCUACGAGUGGGAUGGAUCCAUAUUCUAGACGGCUUAUGUGGUCCUUGUUGCAAGAGAAAGCUAAAGAUAGAGUUGUUCUUCUUACAACGCAUUUCAUGGAUGAAGCUGAUAUUUUAGCUGGUAUUGUACAAAAUUGUACUCUUUUUCCAUGACUUGCAGAGUUUAACUCCAAAAUUUUUAACACAUACUCCAUUUCAUUUGCAGUGACUUUGUCUUUUAGUUGCAAUGUAUGUGUUAUUAAUUUCUUUUUUUUUGUGCAGAUUACAAGGCUAUUUUAUCAAAAGGAAAGGUGCGCUGUGCUGGUAGUUCACUUUUCCUGAAGAAUCGUUUUGGAAUUGGAUACCAUUUAAAGUAAGUUUCUGUUUGGACUUAAGUUGAACCUCUCUAAAAUAGCUCUCUAACCAGUUGUGCUGUGGUAAGGGGCCAUUCUGGAGAGGUGGCUUUAUUGGGACAGAAGGGUGUGAAUUGUGAAACCAAUUUUUUUUUUCAUAGGGGAGCACAUUUUUAGUUUUCAAAAAAUGCUCAUUACAAACACAGAAAGCUGUGAACACUGAAAACCUACAUAGGACACCUGAACAUGCAAGCAAGCUGCAAAUCCACAAACUACAUUAUUGCUUCUUAAAGUUCAGUUUCUCAUAAAUGACUGACUUCUUCUUUUUGACACAAUAACAUUCCAGAAGUAUGUUUGGUGUUCAAAGUGAGUAAAUCAGUGACUGUACAAACUGUUUGUACAUCAUUGACUUUUAACUGGCUUAUUUGGAGAGGUUAUUUUCACAUCAUUUUCACUAAAUUGCAUCUUUUAAUUUAGUAGAGGUGAGACUUUAUGUUAAAGUAGUGUCUCCAUCUCUGAAUGUGGGAAAUUCUGGAAAAUUGUUAUGAGUCUAAGAAGCAUGAUUACUCAGUAACCGUGGAAAAAUCUGCAUGUUGUAAAUUUCCAGCAUGGCACUAGCAGAUGAUUGUGACACAGACCGCCUGACUGACCUCGUUCAGAGCAAAGUGCAAGGUGCUGAAGUUAUUCGUCAUCAUGGCAAAGAAAUGGCAUUUUCUCUUCCAAUGGAGCAACUAUCUAUCUUCCCAGGUAUUGUUGGCUCUGAUGUUCAGGAGAGCGUUUUAAUAAUCUCCCCUGUGUAAAAUUUUUCAAAUGAUAAAAUUAAUAGAUUAAUUAAUAAGUAAGGGUGCUUUGCAAAAGUCAGAACUGGCUGGCCAGACCCUGCAUUUUGAAAAGGAAAUGUUAGUCUUUGGUAGAACCUUUUACUAAAACCCAUUACAGCGGGUACAUAGUGUUUAGAAAUAAACUGAUCGGGCUGGAUUGUCCUUAUUAAUAGUGGAAUUCUCGUGACGACUUGACUGGUCUGGCCAGGCCAGCCAGUUUUGAUAAGUUUAUUUGGUAAGAGCCCGAAGUUAAAGGUAAGAAAAAAGGUUGAGAAAGAAAAAAUUGUUGACAAUUUGUUAACUGUUCCCAUUACUAUAAUUUUUAAAGAAGAUUAAUUUCAAUGAAAUAUGACCUGCGAUCAGUCGUUCUUUUUUUCCGGGAAGCGCAAAAUUCAGCAGAGAGGCAAAGAAAAAGGAAGUAGGACUGCCUGAUCGCAGGUUAAAGAAAUAUAAUAAGCUACAAUUAGAGCAUAUUAAAGUUAAUGAAUAAAUCAGGAUGAAAUUUGGUCCCACGGCAAAUAGCAGAAGCAAGUCAAGGUGGGCGGAGCAACAAGAGCAAAGCAGUCUGUCAGUGGUGAUCUAACUCUUGGGGUCUUUUACCCCCAUCCCCAUCCUGAGCCGGAGUACUGAGCUUAUUUGCAGGCUAACAUGGGCAUGGUCAGUCCUUUUUGGGAGACAAUUGACAGUAUUUUUAUAAUUUAUUCACCAACCGUCAGUAUCUACGUUUGAUUAACAUUGUCAAAUGUAAUAUGAUAACAUAAUAUAUAGUAAUAAAUAUUAUAAAUGUAAUAUAAUAAGGGAGCGGUCAUUAACUAUUGGGGGGGGAGGGUCGGUAUUAUUUCAAAGGUUAGAGCCCAAAAAUGUUAGCCCCUCUCAGGUUAACAGCCCAAAAAUCUUGGCCCCCUUUAAAAUGUGAGCCCAAAAAAUUGUAACCCUCCCCUGUGAAAAACUUUUGAUUUUUUUACGAACGUUAUUUUGAGACAAUUAUUUCACUGGAAUAAGAAAAAAGUGUUACUAUUUUAAUACACUAUUUACAAAACCCAAUGGUUCACCAAGUAAAGGGAACCCUCGGCCCUUUUCAUUUUUUCAAGAAUUCCGCGUGACUUCAUUCCAGCAUUCCAGCUCUAAUGAACAUGGCUAGUUCUUCGCGAUUUAUACUGGGUUCAUCGCCAAUACUAGAUGUACUUCAAAGAGCAGAUCUAGAAGAUUAUUAGGGUGCUUGCGUCAGAAAAGGUUUAAAAAAAGUUGAACACCUCCAACAUGUGAACGAAGAGCUUCUUAGGCAGGAAUUAGGUAAGCUUUAAUACAUGUAAUUAAAGAUAGUUCCAGGGUUUUAAUGUUUUAUUUUAUUUUUAUUAAAUAUAGUUGGUUUUUAUAUUUAGACCAAAAUGGGAGGUACGAAAUGAAAAAAGCAGCAGAUAUCAGUACAUACAUGUAGUACUCACACGUUCACUGUGUUUACAGUUGUAAUGUUUGUCCUUAAUUUCUACUGCUUUUUUCGCACUAUGUAGCGAUCAUGGUCGAUCAGGAUAUCAAAGGAGCGGAAAUUUUACUCGAAGGCGAAAUAUUUUGACGAAUAUUGUUAGGUGAAAUGGGCAUUGUUUGAGAAAGACAUUGAUCCAUGAUUCAUAUCAAGAGUAACUGAGAUUUCGCGAAGGUGCAGAGAUCCAAAGACAACACGAAAUCUCUGACAGCAUACGUGCUAACCAUGGCAAAGUUCCUCUAAUAAAAUGUUGCUCUUUUUGAUGUGUUUUUUUUCUUUUUUUUUUUCCCUCAGGAAUGACUGUAUUUGAAGCAAGAAGGCUUUUAGAAGUAUACAAAGAGUCUCAGGAAUCCACAGCGGAAAUGACAAGUCACAAAAAUGCGGCGAAUAGACAAAAUCAAGCAAGCGUGAACAAGGAUAAAAACCUUGGCUGGAUCCCAAAUCCCCGGAAUGACAUGAGCAGAUUUUAUAACGAAGUGUACGAAUCAUUUUAUUUGGAACGGGUUGGCUAUUUUGGUGGAAACAAGAAGGCCUUUAAGAAAGCAUUCCAUGAAGAAGCGAGAAGGGAAUACGACAAUGAGAAGGCGGUAAAAAAAAUUAGAGAGCAAUUAGCGCAACUGAAAUCUGUAAAGGAUCCUUCUAAGGCUGGAUUUCUUCUAAGAGAAAACCACAUUCUCAAGCCGCAUGAUUCAACGACCAUAACGCAGAACAUGUUACACAUAAAGAGGGUCGAAACUUCAAUCGAAACUUUACAAAAAAAACCUAAAGGAACACUUAGAAAGAACAAUCCAUUCAUCAGGUAGAGUUUUAACAGGACAUAAAACUGCACAUGACUUUGAUGAGCAAAAGCUAACUGAAUUGCAGGGUUUUAGAAAUGAAUUACACACUUUAAUAACUAGUCUAAGUCAGCUCCAAGAAACCUGCAAAGCAGCAUUUAAGCACCCCUUUUCUGCAAUGAAAAGAAAAUCAAGAAAAAGGAAACAAAAUACCCAAAAGAGUGUGAAGCGGAAAAAGGCGAGGCAUGUGGCCAGGACGACUGAGGUUCUCAAGAAGAUUGCGCCUGAUUGGUCGGAGGGUAAGAUUUGUGAGAAGGAGGAUUUGUGCGGAGACAUCGUAAAAGAACUUGGAAAAAGAGAGCAGAAAUGGGCGGUAGCUUUGAUGUUUGAUCAGUGCGAACUUUUGAAUGACAGCGCGAAAUCAGAGCUUAGAACAAUGUUAGGGUUUUCUGAAAGUGAGAGUAGCUCUAAUGCAAGUGACGGCGAUGAAAGUAGCGACCAAGACAACCUAAGUAGCAUCAAUGACAGCAAAGACAGUGAAAGAAAUAGCGAUGACGGGGCCGAUGAUAGUGAUGUAACUGAACAAUGUCAGGAGGAGGAUUCGGGAAGUGUCUUUACUGCAGUGGAAGCAUACGACAGCAGCAGUGCAGAAGACAUUGGCCCCUACUGGAACACAAUGGAAUGCACUCCUUACUAUGAGCCCAUUGAGUAGUCGUUUAUACAUCUUCACUGGACAUUGGCAAUAUGUUUGAUACCGUUACUGUUUAAGACUGAUUGAGUUUUAUAGCAUACCAGAAUUUGUUGAUUUUUAAAAUAACAAUAAAUCAAGUGAUGUUUAUAAAAUUGUUCUGGGUGUGAGCUUUUUCACUGUGCAAUUAAGCUUUGAGUAUACGAUUCUAUGAAGAUUCUUGCCAUGCUAAAGUCAAUAGCACAAAACCCAUUUGUGCACAUCGCCCAAAGUUUUAAUAAAAGGCGCCCAGAAAUUGUAACCCUCCCUAUAAAACGUGGGCCCAUAAAAUUAUGGCCCACCCCAAAUGGGCGCCCAAAAAAACACAGCCCUCCCCCAAAAUUUACCAGCCCUCCCCCCCAAUAGUUAAUAUAAUUAUAUGUUAUAUAAUUUUGUCAGAUUUACUUAAAGCCCUUGAAGAUCAUAAUGACAGUGCUGAUGUUUGUGCUGCUCCGUUAUUGGGUGUUACGAGUUAUGGUGUAUCCAUGACAACCCUGGAAGAGGUUUUUCUCCAACUGGAAGACACCAGUGAUGAAACAAGCGAGUCUGUGGAGGAAAACGAGCCAAUUCAGGUAGGUAAUCACUCAGGAAUUGCUGUAUUUUUGUUGGAAAUAUACUGCUUAGCUGUAUAAGCCAACCGCCUGCUGCCUGCAUGUCUUGAAAAUCCAGUUUGGCACUCUGUCUGUCCCUCACAGCAACGCAAGUUCAAACGGUCACCAGUCUUCUCCGUUCUUUUCCGCACUAAAAAUGGUAUCAAAGUUCCCCCCUCCCCAACCCCAUUCCCAGGGUUCUCUCCAAGAACCAUUGGGGACGAGGUUGUCCCCCCCCCCCUCCCCUACUCUCCACCCUGAGAAAAGGGGCAUGCACAACUGUAAAAAGAGAAAAGAAUAUUGUAGCUUUUAUUUCAAAAAUAGCCAUGGGUUUCAAUAAAAAUUGAAUUAGCCAGCAGAUUUGCAUGGAGUAACUGACCGUAUCAACAGUCCACGUUUUCAAGGGGUGUCUGGGGGCAUGCUCCCUCAGAAAAUAUUAAUAAGCGAUUUCCAGCGUUUAGGAGACUAUUUAAACUGAGUAUAAAAGAGCGAGUUUUCCAUUCAAGAAGAUUUGGGUUUUAGUCCAAAUUGGCAAAUUUUGAUUUAUUACCUACACAAUUAACUCCUGCAAGCAAUGAACGAACGAUAAUUAUACUACUGGUAAGUUACAUACAUUUCUGCGUGAUCAAAUUCUAUUGUUGUCCAUGACAUUAUUCAAACUAGCUGCUUCUUCUUCGGAGAAAAAAAUAGCCGACUUCUCUGAGCAAUGUAGCUGACGCGUUUCGUCGGUCGUCGGUGCUUAUUGAAACCCCUGAAUGGUAGUAUAUUUUGGAUAACAACUGACAGGUACUUUGUGGUAAUUUGUUGAAUAUAUGAGUUUUAUGUCUCGUCAUGUGUUGUAACACCUGGACAAGUUUAAUAUCAGCUGUUGCUAACCCUCCCAACGUCUGUCUCCAGUGGGUGAUGUUAGGGACUUUUAAGAUCCGAGAACGCGACGGCAGCGAAAACAUCUCUCAAAAGUGAAUUUGCAUUUUUCAAAUCUUCAUCGCGAUUAUUCCUACCCACUUACUUCGUCAAAUGUAGGCGAAACUAGUUCCUGGAGUCGAAUUCCCAUGUUCAAGUUCAGAAAUUUGGUCGUCUAUUCUUUUCCUCCUCCUUAAAAAGUUAAAUUAGGCAUUUUCACGUCGUAGUCGUGCAGUGUUGACAAAGAAAUGUACAAAAAAGUGUGAUGCACGCGCAAAGUUGUCAGUUUUGCCUUGUAAACCAAUUGCUUUUUUUUUUCUUGACGUUCUCGCUGCCGUCGCACCUUGCUUUGCGUGCGGAAUUUGUCCAGGAAAGUCUUGUAAUUCAAAUCCACGUGGUUCACUCCUCCUCCAGGUACUUCACUGCAGAUGGCUUUUGCUAAUUGUAACUGUUAAAUAUGCUCCUGUUUAAACGAUUGACGUUUGUCUAACAUUACUGAACUGUAAAAGUAAUUCAAUCCAAGGCUGCAAAAGGCGCUAAUAAACAAACUGAAACUUCCUAACGAACUCACCAUCUAUCUAUGUAUCUAACGUUUCAUUUAAGGAUGCGAGGGAGGUUAUUGGACAGCUGCUAACUCCCUCAGAUGUCCUUACUGUUCAAGAUGGAGCCUCGAGGGUUUCGGGUUCAGUUAAUGCAUUAAACACUGGCGGUGUAGAAUUAAAUAAGCCUGAACUCAGACAGAACUCACGGGCACCUUCACAGAAGGAAAAACAACAGCUGCUAGGUUUAUUGAAGGUAUGUCACAGCGCCACAAUAAUGGUAUCAUUUGCUACCUUCAUAGCACAUUCAGGACGAAAACGCAAAGCUCUUGGAAAGCGCCACCAACAUGUUUUACACAGCAGGGGCAGAGCUAAAUAAUAGUUCAGCUAAGGAGAAAUCAAAUGAAGAUUUGUGGAAGGAAAAGCAACAGUUGUUAGGUUUACUUACGGUAUGUUUGCAUGACCUACAUCACGUUUCAUGCUUCAACUUUGGUUGGUUCUAACUAUUUCCUUAUGUCUUGACACAAAAUUAACUCGUGAAAUCAUGGUUUAAUAUGUAGCUUUUCAUCUGGAAUUUACUUACAGACUGUAGAAACUGUUUUUGCAAAAAUGACAGUACAAGAAAUCCUUCAAUCAAUUCCUUUAGUGAGCUAUAAUAUUGACCAGUAAAAUUUUUCUUUGAAAUUACCGCCCAUGUGGAACUUAGCCUGUUGCAGGCUCCAAGAUAGAGUAAUGUAGUAAAGGGCAAAGAUCGUGAAAAUGUGAGCGAAAAACGCGAGGGGCCGGGAGCAGAGAACGCUCUCUCCUUCUUUUCCCGCCUCCGCCCCUUUUCACGGAACGCGCGAUAGUCGCCAUAGUCUCAGGUCGUUAUUAACGUCCCUUUCUCUAAAGUGACAUCGGCAUUGUUGCAUAACGUUCGAAAUAUAUGGAUUUGUGCGGUAAAAAAAAACAUUGUUUCUGUUUCCUACGAAUGUGAAAGGAUUUAAAUAAAAAUCGGCUAACCUCACUUAAGUUGUCUUUCCUCUUUCCUUUUUGGUUCCCGAGUCGAUUUAUGGCAAUUUUAUGCGUUUUAAUUAAGCUGGUUUCUUCUCUCUAUAAUCCUUUCGAGUUUGGGCCAGCUGUGAUUAAAGGUACAAUGGAUAUACAAUUUUAUUAUCUCCACAGAUCCGUUGGUUGAUGACCGCUCGCUCCCCAUCAAAGAUCAUUUUUAUGGUCAUCAUUCCACCGAUUCUAUUAAUUGUUGGUCUAGCAUUGUUACUGAAAACCAAGGACAACACCAAGACUUCUAGCCAAGCUGAUCCCCUUCAACUGAGUCCUAAAUUGUACCUCAAACCUGGAAGCCAAGAAACGUACGCCACCGAUGCCCUGGUUCAGAACGCGACUGGUCAUGUAAUAGAUUAUAUCUUGGGAUACUUAACCGACUAUGAAGUUGGCACAGAUUUGGUGUCCUCCAUUGGUAGUGUCUUGAACAGUUCUUCACAUGCUCUUUACAACUUGGCAUUCAGCAUUCGACAGUUCCCCGCCGCAUUCAAUUUGUCAAAUUCUGGCGUAAGUGUGGAUUUUUCAAAUCUAGUCCUUGUAUUUGCAGAGCAGACAACAUUUCUGUAGCCUCCUGACAGUUUUUUUGUUGAGCUUUAACGUAAUUAGGUGUUCACACCGCAUCAAAGUAUGGUAUAAAACCUCUCCGAUAUGUUACGCUCCACUUUCGAGAUCAGCGCGGCGCAGCUUCGCUCCGUCACACAAAUCGCGCCGCCACAACCGUUCUUGUGUGUGAACAGAAGUCCUAUCCGGUAUAGCCUGCGUGGCCGGCGUUGAAAGGGGAAGGGGGAAUUUGGGCGCGCGCGAGAGCGUGUGGGGCGCCCCACACUCUCUCUCGCGCGCCCAAAUUUCCCCUUCCCCUUCCCCUUUCAACGCCGGCCACGCAGGCUAUAUCCGGUAUGAUAUUCGUGACGGCGUAGAAUCUAUCCGGUAGAGUGUGAACAAAGCCUAAUGGAAACUCUCUAAUUGUUCCAGAUACUGUGUAUUACUAGAAUUUCACAUAGUGGUAUUACCACUAUCCACGCUGAUGAGUGUGACAUUUGGAAAAUUAUCAGCCAAUAUAUAGAGCGUCCCCAAUAGGGUUUUUCAAUCCCGUAAUCCCGACCCAAGAUUUCGAGCAAUCCCGUAAUCCCGAGGGUUAUUUUUGGCAUCCCACCUCCCGCGCAUACUUUCAAUCCCGAAUCUUUCCAAUCCCGAGCUUCAAAUAAGGGGGAUCCCGUAUCCCGGAAAAACUAUUGGGGACCCUCAAUAAACAAUUGAAUAAUUACAGCAUGAAGAGCAGCAGCAGUACGCGAUCUUAUCAUCGCUGUCAAUCUCAAAGUGACUAUCGCAAGACAAACAAUCAGACUUAGCUUUCAGCAAAUUCAGUUCUUGUUCUUGAUUUUUCUUCUCUCAACUUGAUGAAUUUGCAUCACUUUACUUUCUUGCAGCUUGCGGGUUUGAGCUCAAGCUUUUUCAUGCGGUACAAUGACACCACAGUACAUUCAGUUCCUGUUGGAGUUAAUAUCCUGGGAUCUAUUCUCCAUAUGAAUGCACUAAAGAGUCAGAAUCUGACACCUUACCCUCUGGAGGCUAACAUUCUACCAUUUCCUGGACUCAAACCUCAAUGGACCUAUGACGGUACAUCCUUCACGUCAAUUUUGUUGAUCGGUUUGGGUCUGGCUCUUAUACCAGGAGGUUUUGCCAUUGAAGUUGUGGCACUUCGCCAGGUGAGCUACAUACUUAGGGGGGAUGGGUGAGGCUUGUGCAGAGUCGUGAAGGUCGGGAAAAAGUCGGCCGGAAGUAGGAGCCCAUCCUACCGGAAGGUAACAAAGUGUUCUGCAAGGUCAGGGAAAAGUUAGCUUUAAGAUCUUCAUUUCAAUUGCUACCACGGUACUGUUAAUUUUUACGUUAAAUCGACACGUUACAUCGCUUGCACAGAAAUCCAAAAGACAACAGAAGGAGAGCAAGCGGAAGGUAAAAGUCAAGGGGAAAGUGUUAAUUUUAAUUUUGCCUUCUGCGCAUGCCCGAACUUCGAAAGCUCUAAUUUAGCAUCAGCAACAGAAAGGUAGCGUGAUUAAUUGAUUAACAUUUUGUACAGUUGUACGGGUUUCGUCUUUUUUUUUCAAGAUAGUGACCAGAAACAUCGCCGGUUUUUCACCAACAUUUCCGUGAGGGAGUGGAUUAAACAAUUGAAUUCUAGAUUAGAUUGAUCAACAACAUAGGCUGUUCACAGUCCCCUAUUCUUCCGUGAGAUCUUCGAGAUCGGGCACUCACCGUCACUGAAAGCCAGUUUUUUAAUUGGUUUCCAUCGUACCCAGGGGUAGGCGUCGGGGUUUAUAGCUGUGGGAAAAGGAAGUCGCUACUUUCACAUUCCCAUAAUACAUCUUGUUUAGCCGCCAAAAGUUUUGCAUAAGCAUUGUUUCCAAUUUCUCUUGGGAUUUACAAUCCUCCCAAGAGGACUUAAAAAUAAUACUUAUGCAAAAUUUUGGGGGUAUACUAGGUGUAUUAUGGGAAUGUGAAAGUAGUGAAGGCGUGAAAACCCAAACCGUCCUCCGUCCCCUAAGUAGAUGAAAUACUAGUCAUCUUCAAACUAGACUCGGUCAAGAUGGCCGCCUGUAGCACUCGUACUCGACGACCUUACGGAAAAAUAAGGUGACUGUGAACAGUCUAUGAACAACACUAAAGUCUCCUUUGUUUCAUCGGUAGGAGAAAAUGCGUCAUCUUCUCCGUGUAUCUGGAGUAUCAUCAAUUAUUUACUGGCUUCACUUUUUCCUUUUUGAUGCCGUUGUCUUCCUGAUUCCAUGCAUCCUUAUGCUGAUACUGAUCCCCGCCUUCCAGCUUCCUUCGUUAUCUCCUGCACCUGCCAUGGGCAGCCUGGUGUUGUGUAUAUUACUCUACUUCCCUUCCGGAAUCCUGUUCUCCUAUCUCUGUUCCUUCAUGUUUGGCAAAUGGGAAACUGCACAACAGAUAAUGCCACAACUAUUUCUUUAUGUAAGUAAAACUAAUCUCAUCAAGGUGUUUAUAGUUUUGAAUUUGUGUGUUGGUGUGCGAGGUUGUGAAGCCUUUUUAACUGCGCUACUUCUCGUGUGAUCAAUCUUGGUAAAUAAGCCGAUACAGGUUGAGAGUUUUAUUAGCAUGGCACACUCCUCUACAAAUAGCAUGCGUGGCAGUAGCCUGUGUACAGUCCUCCCCUCCCCUCAGUAAAAGUCGGAGAAGGGGCCCCUUCUCCGAUUUUUACUGAGGGGAGGGGGGUCUGUAUACAGGCUAGCGUGGCAGGCGCCGAUUAGUUUUCUUGGCUAGUUUUUAUCGAGCACGCGAGGGGAACACGCGAGGGGAAACAAGAGGGCCCGUCUCUUUUCCUCUCCUUUCGCCCGAAAAAAAACGGUUACACAGGCUACUCUACAAAAUAUGCACAAGAAUUUCAGUGUAACUGCUUGUGAAAUUUAUUUUUUCUAGGGAGGACUUGUUCCAUGGCUGACAGUUGCACUGAUAGACAUGAUAUCAAGUCGAGACGUAGCUAUCAUUCUUCAUAGUAUCUUUGUAUUUCUGUUGCCUCCUUAUCCAGUCUUUGGAGCAUUGUAUUAUAUUGAUGCUGUAAGUAUAGACCCGUCUGUUUAAGUGUUGUAGUCUCUCUUUGGGUAGUCUUUUUUCAUAGCCGAAUAAGUGGAGCUAACGAAACGCAUGAGCGCGUGGAAAUUCGCCUCUCGCUCGCCGCGAGGUCUUCUCGGGACAGACGAUGUUCUACACGCUUGCGUGCUUUGUUCUUCUAUGUUUUUGUAUUUGUAUUUUGAACAGUGGGUCACGCUAGUGACUACUUUAUUGACUAGCAACAGGCAACGCCUUCACCCCAAGAAAAAAAAUUUUCUACAUGUAUUUUAUGUAAUUGCCCGGCCACUUUAGCCAUACCGCUAAGAAACUGACUGUUUUAAUAUUUUUAUGUUUCAAUUUUUUCACUUAGAAGAAAGAACUUAGAAUUGAGUAUGUGCUGUGCUCUGUUGGCAAAGGCAAUACAAAAAACAUUAGAGAGAAAAACUGGCUGUUGGGCAUGUAGAACAUUGGUGGUUUAUUAAGUUCUGAAUAUCCAUUGUAAAUAUCAGUACAAAUUUUGGUUAAAAACGGUAUUGCCUGCGAAGGUGAGGGCAAUCAAACCGCUGCAAUGCUAAUCACCGUGAGAUCAAGGAAGAGGCAGGAGUUGAGGAAAAAGUUUUGAAUCAAUAAGAUCAAGAACUCAACAUCCACUAUACGACGACUGUGAGCAUUAGUAGUGUACGUCAUCUCCGUCUCAAAUUUCAUGACAAUGUCCUUGAUUCCAUGCUCCAAACCUCCUUGCAUUAUGGUAAAGUAAAGUAAGUGGUUCAAAUGUCGCAUACAAUUUUAUUUGCAAGCAAGUAUUUUAUUUAUUUAUUUUUAGGCCUACAGAUGGCAAUCCAUUUUGGCAGCCUAUGAAAACAGGGGUAACGUAGUAGACGUACACAUGACCGCAAGCCAUUACUUUAAGUGGACAAAACACAACGGCAUCCCAAUAGCAAUGAUUGCUGUAAGUAUAUGGGGGAACUAUGUGAUAUUUUAUUUCGUUAUCUGUAGUGCUUUUCUCAUCAUGUUCGGUGCUUGUACCAUCCAUACUCGUUAUUGUGGGUGCAAUAUUUGAUACAAGGGUUCUUAGACUUCUUUUUGCCUUCAUUGGCUAAGCGUUUUUUUUGUUUUGUUUAUUAUUUUGCUUUCUUUUUCUUCAGCCUGUUGUCCAUAUAAUUCUGUUUUCCUUGCUGAUUUACUACUUGGAUCAACGUAAUAUUGGUGUUGAAACCAAGUGCUUCUGUAAGCGCAGGUAACAGUUAUUACCUUCUCCCUUUCGAAAGUAAUUAAUACCCUGAUUAAAAUAUAACAAACGUGUAAGAAUUAGUUAUGGGAAAUACUGAUUAAGAAGGAACAAAUUUAUUUUCUUUAACUAGAGGUUUCAGCAUUAACUUGGAAAGAGGCGAAGGCAUUUUAAAAUCUCUUUCAAAAUGAGGCAAAGUGCAAACCUUUUUUUUAAAACUCCAUAUGAAAAACGGGGAUGCUCGUCGUCUCGCUUAGGGGUGUAAAAUUUUGGUCUCCUUAGGGUUUUGUCAAUUUUAGGCGCCAAAUGCAAGGUCUCGUUUUUCAUAGCGAAGGUCACAGAAUUACGCGAAGAGAAACAGAAGUCAAUUUUCUUUUUAACUUUGUUUGUUAUGUCUUUAUUUUAAAACUCAAAUGUCGUAUUUGUGUGUUUUUAAGCGGUCUUUUUGGGUCAAAAUUUGCAGCCAGUGCGAUUGGUCUCCUUUAGGGGUCACAAAACGAGGCACAGAUGGGUUAGGGGUUAAAUUCAAAAUUUCCGACGAGCAUCCCCGUCUGUUUCGACAGUACCGCCGGGCCUUUUUGUCAAAAUGGUUUUUUAAAACACUUAAACGUUUUAAAGUAAAGGUUUGGGGCUUGUUGGGCCAAUUGCAUCAGUGCGACUGACUUGAAAACGAGGUUAUAUGGUUUAUUGAUUAAUACAUUACCCCAUUUUCGACAGUACCUCUCCUUGGUUUUAAAAACACUAAACGCAGACUAAUUUCUUUUACGGCAACUAAGAAACCGAAUUUGAUGAAAGGUAAUCUGCUUCUUUCUUUCUUUCUUUCUUUCUUUCUUUCUUUCCAGUCGGUAGUUUUCUCCUAAGCUAAUUGUCCUGUUUUUGUAAAAUCUAUUUAUCGUAGUAGGGUGAUAUGCGGUACUGCUGAACCAAAGUAAACCUAAGCGUGUUACAUUGCUGUAAUUUUAUGGUUUGUCCCUUUGUAGUUGAUCUUCCCUGUGUUGUAACCAUCGAUCCUGUUAAAUCUCCGCGGAAGUACUUUCAAAUAGUGCUGUUUGUUGUUUUCCGCUUUAAAGCAGGUGACUUUAGAGACUAUUCCGAAUCAGUUCUGCGAUGCGGUUGUUAGUAUGCUAGGAAGGAGCGUUGGGUAACGACACAAAGAGCGCCUGUGUAGCAGACUAUGCGGGUGUAUGCUUAUCUGUGUUUAUUGUGGUAUUUUCCUUAGCAGCAACCAAAACACCGUUGAUCGAUUUCCCAGCUACAAGCGAUAUGACAGUGUUGUAGAGACAGAGGCCCAGGAUGAGGAUGUUAAAAGAGAAAAAGAAAGGCUAAUGCACAUUACCAGCAGCUCCAGUGAAUGUUCUUCUUUCUCUGUUUUCGUUAAGGUAAGAGCAGCGUAGUACGUGAAUAGUUUGACAGGAUUGUCCAGCUUGAAAUCACGCUGUUUCUUUGUUGUGUUCUUGUUGUUUUUUCGGUUCUGUCGGUUUUUAUUUAUUUAUUUGUUUGUUAUUUAAUUUAAAGCUGUUUGCAACCAAAUGUCGUUAAACGUUCGUGAAAGAAAAACCAAAGCGGACUUACUCUAGCCGAUCAAAUCACACGCAGACACCCAGAUUAUCCUGAGUGCCAGGUUCUUUUUCUUUCCUGGUAAUUUUCGGCGAAGUGUCGAGAGAAUAAAAACCCUGGUCACUGGAGAUACCAGUCUCAUUGCCAUGUAAUUUUUUGAUCAUACGUCUCACCAAACCGGUUUUGGAGCUGAUGUGCAUGUUUGUUUUCAUUGAAUCUGAGAUCAAGUGUGGUCGAACGUGGCUCUGUGUCUAGCCUGCGUGGCAAGCGUUUCCUCGCGAGGUUCGUCGAGAAAGCUAACCCUAACCCUAACCCUCCCCCUUCAACCUUUUUUUUUGCUUCCGCUCUAACUUUCGCGCAAUAACUCGAUUGGAAACGCUUGCUACGCAGGCUACUCUGUGUCUGCGAUGCAUGAAAGUUGAAUGGGACAAUUUUAUUGUGAAAUCAUUUUACUACAGCUAUGAAUUCUGGAUGUCGUCAUCGUGAAAAUGACCUAGUGCGCGAGAUUCCGUUGAGUGUUAACAUCUUCGUAAAACGUGAAAUUAGGAAAUUUUACUCCGUAGUCGUACAGGGACGGCAAAAUUUUCCAAAAAGUGUGAUGCAUCUGCAGCGUUCUUGAUUUGUUGUUGUUGUUAAGGAGCGUACGCAACUACGACGGCAACGCCAAAAAAGUAAUAGGUCUUUUUUAGCAAAAAACAAUGUUGCACGUGAGCUCGCUUUUUUGUACAUUUAUUUACCGUCACUGCACGACCACGAUGUGAACUUUCCAAAUUUCACGUUUUAUAGCGGACCUAAACACAAGGCAACAAUUGUCUUUUUCCUUUUCUUAACUUGGAUGCGGUCCUUAAGAAUUCAACUUCAGACAAAUUCGACUAACUUUGACAAAUUGAACCAAACGGAAUAAAAGCGAUGAAGUUUGAAACAGUGGGAAUUGACCUUUUAGAUGAAGUUUUCGCUGCUGUCGCGAUUGCGUAAGCUCCCUGUUGUCUCUUGUUGCCGUCAUGCUUUCGUAAGCUUCUAUUCUUCAAAUCCUUGGAAGAAGUGUAAGGUUUAUGUAUCCUUGGUUUAUUUCACGUUAGAAGUCUAAUACAUUUUCUUCUAACUUAGGGGUUGUGGAAAAGGUUUGGCUCCGGUAAAACUGCUAAAACUGUUGUCAAAGAUCUCUAUUUUGGCGUGGAGCAAGGUGAAGUUUUCGGACUUCUUGGGCCAAACGGUGCAGGCAAGACAACUUCACUCAGCAUGAUUACAGCGGAUUUCCCACCGACAAGAGGGAAGGUACGGUGAUAUGUGUAAAGGAAAGACUUCAUGUAAACAGGUGGAGCUCUCCAGGGAUGUAAUUUCGGUCCCAGUCCCUCCCUGACCUGCAUAGUUCUUUAUAUCAUGCUCAGUAUUCUUGGUUUGCAACCGCGUGACAAGGCGGCCAUGUUGGGGGUCCAAACAAAAGAAUUUUUUCUCGAAGAAUUUACGUGAAAAUAGAGUUUAGCUCCCAGAGGAGGGAAAUGCUUUUGUUCUUGACUACCAACAUGGCCGCCAUGACGUCAAGUGCAAACCAGCAAUUAUCUUACAACUGCUAAUUAAAAUCAGUACGACCAAGGCCAAACUUCGAGCUUUCCAUGAGACGAACCAAUGUGGGCGGGUAAAGUUCAUAACAAGUUCGACGUCCGGCUUAAUGAAAUUCGUUUGGAUCGUCCAACACGUUCUGUAUGAUGUUUGAUGGGUUCGACGCUUCAUUAAUUCGACGUCUGACCCAACAGACUGACAUAACUUAAUUAAGGUCGACCCAAAUUACAAUUUGGUUCGUUUCAUGAAACGUUCGACGUUUUGUGUCCGCCUGUGUUAAUCAAGAAUGGAUACACACUCUAUACUGAUAGGGGAGGGGAGGGGGUAGGGAAACUGACCCGUGUCCACAACUGUCUCAUUUGUGGAAUUCCACGUAGGGUUCGUUGAUACGGGCAAGGAUGAAGUUAAUGUAAAUAUGUUUUCGUUUUUUCUCUUUUUUUUUUUUUAAGAUUUCGAGUCUUUAACGUUGAAAGCGCUUUUCGGCUUAAAAAUCAGUGAUAUUUUGCCCGAACCGGAUUUUUGAAUGAAAGUCACUAACACGUCCGCAUUAUCUGUUGCUACGUAGACCAUGUAGACUAGCAUAUUGAUAGAGUAUCAAAAAAUUGAUUAUUUGAAGUUCUUUGCUUCGGAAGCAACUCUGCAAUGGACGUGCUUCCCAUCAGAAUUUGAGUUGUUUCUGUGGGCGUGUGGGUAGCCUGCAGCUCUUGUGUGAUUUUAUUGACUCGUUUCCAUGUUCAGGUGUAUGUAGCUGGUUAUGACGUCAGCAAGAAUCCAUUGGAGGCUUUUCAGUGUAUGGGUUACUGCCCUCAGAAAGAUGCACUUUGGCCUACUGUAACUUUAGAGGAGCAUCUCACACUGUUUGCCAGGAUUCGCGGAGUACCCUGGGAUGAAGUGAAGACACUUGUUAGCCAGUGAGUAUGCUUGAGUAAAAUCAAAGCAAGCGUUUUGUACCUUAGUAAGCAGUUGAUCUAAAUUUUGCGAACGAUAAUAUGGCCAAAUCUUUUGCAGUAGACCAUGCGUUUGUAUGUUAGAAAUUGUUUUUCUUCAAACAGAGGAUUUUCUGACGGAGCUUAAUUCUUCCUCAUGUGCCUGCAGAAAUCUUUUUGCGCCUUUAAACUCUUAUCCGUUAAAGCAAGAAACUUUCGAGAGCGCUAGCCUUUCGUUAGUUUCUGAAGCAUUAUACCCCAACACUCAAGUAAAGUUCACUCAUUCUUGUGCUUAUAUUGACACUUUCGUUAGUUAUAUGUCUGCUUUGAGGAUCACUGAACACGCCAAGAAGAAAGCGCAAGAUCUUUCAGGUGGAACGAAAAGAAAGGUAGUUAGCUAUCGCACGUUUUCCUUUGAAUUUCUUUAAGAAAUAGUCACGUUAUGUUUUUGAUUUAUUUCGGAGACGGUUUACUUAUAUCUUAUAUAUCGCAUAAUCCUAUUCAAAUUGCAGCAAAUUGCUGCUACAAAACUUUACUUUACAUCGCUCGAUCAUUUCAAAACAUGAUUCCGCAAAUGAAAAGAGCAAAUAUAACUGCUUGACUGACGAAGAUAUAAAGCAGAAACGUGUGUUAAAAGUCAUUAAAAAAAUAGAUGAUUCUCUCUGUUUGGAGAUCGAAUGAAAAACUCGAUCUCAAUCCGGCAUUUUAUUCACUACUAAACGGAAAAGUUAUGAGGUUCUUGUAAAUGAACUUCCGCUUUCCAGUCGUCUGCAUCAUCGAACCUCGUUGUUGUAAAGGCUUCCCUCGAGAGAGGGUCGCCGCAUGGCAGGAUGCAAACUCACUUCCUUUUUCAUCGACGACUCUGUUACACUCCUCCUUUUUUGAUUCAUUUUUGUAGGUCAGUUUUGGAAAUGCAAUGCUUGGAGACCCUCAACUUCUGUUACUGGAUGAGCCAUCGUCAGGCAUGGAUCCUUCUGCAAGGCGCUUCUUGUGGUAAGAAACAAGUUUUAUUUACACCCUAAAUGUCCGAAAUGUUAUUUAUAGUAUUUCCCUAAAUUAAAUAAGUGCUAGAGUACCUGAACAAUUUUUUUUUAAUUUAAAAUAUAUGUCGUGUUUCCUUGACAUUGUUGCAUUAGCUUUAUCGAGUUACGGAGGCGUGGUGUCCGAGCCACUCGGAAUUCGGAUCAGUAGGUGUGUGUUUAAGUAUUGCUGUGGCGUUGAGUUUCCUUCGAUAUUAAGGAAGAUUGCCCCCCUUUAUCUCCUUUCACCCAGGUAUACCAGUGGCGGAUCCAGGGAGGGGCCUGGGGGGGGUCGGGCCCCACCCUUAUUUUUGGACCAAACUGAGGCCCGAAGAACCGAAAAAAUUUUUUUGAGACCCCCCCCCUUAUCUAAGGGUCUGUAUGACCGGCCCCCUCGUCCCCCUUAUCUCAAGGUCUGGAUCCGGCAUUGUAUACUGGCUAAAGGCGACACACUGCUGGGGUAACCAUUGCUCAUGCGCCCCUUUACCUACCUUUACAUUUAUCUAUUUAUGAGAACCAACCACUAUCUUAGUAAACUUCAGUUGGGAGACUUAAUAUCAUGUUUCGUCUGUGAACAAAAUUCUUUUGUUUGACAAUUCAAAUGCCGACAUUUCUUCAGUAGAGUUCUACACGCUUAGAUUCUAGGUAUUCGCCCAGGUCGCCUCGAUGCUUCGAUUGUUGGUGACGACUGGGGGGAGUUCGAGAUGAUCAAGAUAAUUUUAUACAAACUAUUGCAAUCGUAUCAGUUGUCCGGAUUGCCCCGCUUCGCAUCAGAGGUGUUUGUAUAUGAUCAUCUUGAUCGCCCUGAAUGAUAAUGAUGAUGACCACCAUCACCACCAUUGUUGUUUCAGGGGCACCCAACGACGGUUCCCUCCUAAAUGCACUGAAAACACUUUUUAGCCUAUCCAGAAUACUUUUAGAUCUCUAGAAAAGCAUUCUAAACGGCACCGUAAACUUUGUAUCUGUUCGGUCAUCCUAGGGGAACAUGAGCCUUUUCGAAAUUUCAAGGCCUUGAGUACUAUUUUCCCAACAUUUUCUAACUCCUCUCUCCAUCACAUUUUUGAAUCCGAAAAUUUUAGGUUUCCUUUUUUCUGCGAAAAAUAGCCUAACUUGGGAAAUAAAAUGCUAAAACUAAACUUCAGAAAAUCGUAGGGAAGAUAGUAGAUAAGAUUCGAAAAUUGUACAUGACUGUAACGGUCAUCUAGACAUUUUUAGCCGUCCUCAAGUAAUAGAAAACUCUAGGCAAUAUUUGCUUCUCCGAUCCGAACAGAUAUUUUACAGAAAACAGUCGUUGGGUGCCCCUGUCGUUUCUUACAUUUUCCCCCUUUUCACGAUCAGGAACACAAUCAGUAAGAAUGUGCAAGGAACACGCGGAGCCAUUCUCACCACCCACUCAAUGGAGGAAGCGGAUGCUUUGUGUUCACGUGUUGGUAUCAUGGUCAAAGGUCGACUCAAGUGAGUCUGCAAUAUAAAGUGACUCUUUGUUACUUAGUCCUUAGUUGUUCGAUGGAUACCUUAUGAUUGGUUGAGUAACUCGCGCCACUCUCUCAACCAAUUAGAAGUAAACCUAAACCGAUUGUGUGUUACCCACUGUAUUUUUCCCGCGCUUUACGUUGGCUACGUCGGUGUUAGCAUCAACUUGUGAUUUGUUUAUUAGAGGCAAUUGUCUGCGUUAUGAUAGCCGGCGUAAUAACUUCGGGUUUGGUAUUACAACACUCCGGCCUCAGUUGCCUUCUCGUCUUACUCGGCAUUAAACGCUGGGGACAACAUUCAUAACAAAAAUAGUCUGCUUUGAUUUCUCUUCUUCGACCCCAAACGUAAGACAUAAGCCAAUUCUUUGCUCGAACUCUAUGAAGUACACCAGUACAAUGAUAAUCUUUUUCCUUCUGAAGAUGUCUUGGUUCAACGCAACAUUUAAAAAGUACUUAUGGCAGCGGUUAUACCCUGGAAAUUAAGCUCAAGCAAACACAGUCACCUGAACCUUCCACAGAAGACCCAAUGGAACUGUUACACAGCUUUGUUUCAGAGUUGCUGCCAGGUGCUACGCGGUCUGAAAUUUUCGGGGGAAGAGUGGUAUACAAGGUUCCAAAAGAAGGUGUUGGUGUGUUGUCAAUCAUCUUUCACAAGCUGGAGAAAGGUAUGAUGUUUACUAAAACAGUCUUAAUUUGUGACCCUAAGCCAUAGCGUGCUACUCAAGUUACCGGAAGGUAGUCAUGUGAUUAUUUGAUACUUGUUAUUGCAGGCAAGGAGGAGAUAGGGAUAGAAGAAUACAGCUUCAGUCAGUCGACACUUGAACAGGUAUUGUCUAGUUUUCAUGUUUUUUUUUUUCAUGAGCUUGUGCUAGGCUCUCAGAUCUCAGGCCACUUAAGGGAUGACUACCUAAUUAAAUAUGCAUAUUUUAGUAAAUGCUAUUUAGAACGGUUUGCUCCCAUCAGUGCUCCUGAAAAGUGAACUACAAAUGUGGCUCAACGAAAAAAACACGUGAAACGUGAUUUCGAAUAACACGUGACAUCGCUUUCUCAAUGACGUCACAAAAUACAUUUUCUUAAAUGGGGAAGGGUUGCAAACCUUAAUCUUAGGAAUUUUCACCACCAAAAUGUUACAUAACCAGUGUAAAUCGUAAAUUCACCUUGUAUGAUUGGAAAUGUUAUUUAUCCUAUUAGCUAUUUAACUAAUUAAUUAGUCACGUGACCCUUUUCCCUUUAUUUACCGAUUCCUAUAUAACGUAAACACACAUACAAGGCGAAUUUAUAAGAACCUUUUUAAUAGCCUCUGAAAUGUACUUAAAAGAACUUGUUGCUCUUUCAUUAUCCUUUCCCCAUUUUAGAGUAAAUAUUUUGACCCUUAAUUCUCAAUUAUCAGUCACGUGACGAAAAUUUGAGCUUCUCAAAUGCACUCAUAUUGCUAAGGCCAUUAAGCUACAUUUGUAGUUCAAUUUACGGGAUCAUUGAUAGAAGCAAACCGUGCUAAAUGGCAUUUUAUCAAAAUAUGCAUAUUUAAUCAGAUAGUCAUGCCUUCAGUGGGUUGAGGAUGGUAGGGACGUCGCGAAAAUAUAACAAGCCAAGCGAGAAUAACACCUGCAAGAUCUGGGGAAGGGAACGGUCUCUCUCCCCAUCCCCCGCGCGUUUUUCGCAUAACUUUUUACUUCACGACCAACUACUAUCUUGGAACCUGCAUAGGGGUAUCUAGACACCGAAAAAUGCGCUGCCGAUAAAACGAGGCGCAGAAGUCGAUUUUAUUAUUAUUAUAAUUAAUUUUGUAUGAGAGUUUACUGAAUAUCUGAUGGAACUAGUGUUUGACAGUUUGUCAAACGAGCUGUAACUCUUCAAAGAAAUUCAAAGCUAAAUUUUCCCAAACUCUCACGUUGAUUAUUUAACAAUUAUCCCACGAGUACGCGUUGGAUAUGGGUAAGUUGGCUAUAAUGAAUCAUAUAAUAAUAAUAUAAUAAUAAUAAUAAUAAUAAUAAUAAUAAUAAUAAUAAUAAUAAUAAUAAUAUUUAAUAUUUAUAUAGCGCAAAUUAAGAUACAGGAGGAUAUGAUCAAAUGCCCUGUACAGUUAAAAUUGAAUCCAAAAUUACUGUUACCUAUUUACAAUUUUGAAUUUACAAGAAAAUGCGAAGAAUUAUACUAUGUGAAACACUAAAAAGAAAUUAUAAAUUACACGCUUCUCUAAAAUAGUGAGUUUUAAGCAGUGACUUAAAGGUGUUAAAAUACACAUAUCAUAUCCAACAAGCUUGAGUGGAAUAAUUGUUUCAUUAAAAACGCCCACAAAAUAUCGAGAAUUCAUCACGACUUUAUUUGUAAAAAGAACCGAUUUUCUGCUUGUUUUUAAUUUUAAGCAGACGCGUCAAGUUACCAUAUUUGAAGAGCAUGGUAUAAUCGCUCCUAAACCAUUAGGGCCAAACCAAUCAGAGCUCUAGAAUUGCAUUAUCCAAUCACGGAUUCAGUUUUUAAUAAUAUCCAAUAUCAAAACAACCUUCAUGAUAAAGAUUUCCAUGCACAGUUUGCCAGUGUGUUAGUUAAAAACGCGGCAAAAGAAUAAAGUGAAUUAAUUGAGGUUGUCUUUCAGGUUUUUCUUGAGUUUGCCCGAGAGCAAGACGACGAUCGAACGGGAGCUCAAGACAAAACAGAGGACGACGAAAUCCAGAAUGGGGAGGCUCACGUAUCAGUUUAGUAACAUGUAUCAAAUUAUAAAAUCGUAUUCGUAAUAAAAACAAAACUAUUAUUUUAAGUUAAUAUACAAAGAGACGAAUCCUUGCUUGCAUUUUUUCUUAUUGACAUAGGCUUAUCAUUAUAUGAAUAUGCCAAUAAAAAAAAAAUUCUGAAUAUUUAAAGAGCAUAAUAAUUCUAGUUAUUUCUGAAAAUUUGAACCCGACAUAUGAUAUACCAUAUAGUUAAAGAGAAAUUCUCUUUGAAAAACCCCAAACUUUACAAAGAAUAUAUUUGCUUAUUAACGUUUUUGCCAGCGGUCAAAUAUAUUACCUCUUCGGUCGAAGAAUAUUUUGAUUUUCUUAUUAGGGUGCGUACCUAAAGACAUAAGUGGCCGGCAGGAUCGGUCAUUUUGAAAACAAAAUAGCCUCAAUUUUCAAGAGUUUUUGCUUAAACAUCAUCAUGCAUAUUAUUGAGGAAUAAAUUGAUGUUGUUGGACAGUUUGGAAUUUUCUCUAUACCUGGACUAGCCUAUAGCCGGCCAGUAAGUUCUGACUAAUUUUGAGCAAGUGAAUGCUUUACCUAAGUGAGAGAAGACACUACUUCUAAAGUUUUGCGUAAACUUCCUCUGCUCUUUAUUUUGCCAAAGUAUCAUCAGUAUUAUACAGUCUCAUGUGAACGUGACCGCCGAUUCACGUGCUUCAAGAAGGCAGUGGGUCCUUCGUUCUCGGCAGUCAUGAAGUAUUAAUUUUUUUUGAACGCUUAUUGUGACCAAUGAUAUUCUAGAGAUGGUAUAAACAGUUUCUAAGGUAUUCUUGAAGACAAACACGUGUGAAUAGAAUGUAACUUUUUCACGUUUGCAAACUCGCCUUCUGUUAUGGCACAGUGAGUUUGAUGUAUUAGGACAUAUUAGUGAACGACCGAUCAUUCAUUUAUUUUUAUAAUCAGUUGAAGUGGUCAAAUGAGCUACAUUUGCAAGCAAGCUAGAAACAAAGGCUGUGAUCGUAAAGAAAUUCUAAUAACAAGUUUUAUGUAGGGAU